AUGGGCACUUCCAACGUCAUACUUCGUGAUGUUACUGGCAGUGCUGCUGAUGGCAGUCACCUUGCUGCUAACGUAGCGCCGGUGGGAGACCAUCAGUGUCCUUGCCUGAGGUUGAGGGGAGUGGGAGCGGCAGUGGUUGAGGGGACUGGGAGCGGCAGUGGGGACUGGGAGCGGCAGUGGUUGAGGAGUGCGGGAGGGGAAGAUGUCGAGAGGGGAUCAGUGUACACGGUGUGA